GCCAAGUUAGAAGUUUGUGUACGACGAUACGCGUUAUUAAACUAGAAGACGCUGGACGUGAUAGAUGUUACCUUGCAUUGAAAGUCAACACACCCAGAGGAGGCAAAACCUUAUCCUCCUCGCAUGAUACAGCAGGUUAUUGUAAUAUUGCUAGCUCGCACAGGACGGUGGAAUCGUGUAUUUGAUACGUUCAUUAGAUGUGGAAUGAUAAAGAAAGAUGACCGACGUAUUCCUUGUAAAGUGUGGGAGGUUUGUGAUAAACGCCUUCCUCUAUUACUGUUGGAAUGGAGCAAGGAUACCAUGUGACGGUGAUAUCUGUAAGAUAGCUGAACAGGAAGACCGGCGAAUACAGUGCAAGCUGUAUUGUGAAAAGGUUGCAGAUAAACUUGCGCAGCUAACAAAGGAGGUACUAGCUAAUAAAGCACUAGAGACGGAACUGGCUACACAGGAACAGAAAACUCUGGUCUACCAAGUGUUAUUCAUCUCCCUUGCUAUUCUGGUUCUCUUGGCUCUCUCCGGAGUAUUGUUUUGGAUAUGCCGUAAAAUACGUCGAAGUAGAAGAAAGCCAGAAUCUGAUAACACAGCAGAACCUAGUCCAACUAUUGACCCUAACCCUGAUCAGCCCGCAGUCCCCACAGCUCCCUUUCAAACAGAUGACCAAUCGGACGCAAGUGGAUUCAGUCAGGGAGACAGUGCAAUAGAAACUGACGUCAUGUUACUACUGGAACCCACAGGCCCUUGUACCAGUGUGGUACCGCCUGACUGCAGUAUUGAGAGAGAAGGAAAGAACGAACUGGUUCCCUCACCGCUAUCACCAGUUGUAGAUGUAUGAUUAAAUAAUAAAUAGGAAAUAUUUAAAGGAAGUAAUAACGUUGGCCUAGCUUUACGUGUAAAUGGGUAUUGAAGGUAGAAAAGAGAAAUACAUGCUUUAAGCCUCCUGCAUUCUGAAUAUGUCACCACCAUGUUGGGAUACCGUUAUCAAACGCCGUUAAUUAAUGAAGUGUUACUAUAGCAAAAACAGUAAGGUCGCGUUAUCGAUUUCGAACAUUUGCAAAAAAGAAGGAGAAGUAUUUUGACAUGACAUUUUUUCCUGAACUAUGAACUAUAGAAAAGUGUGACUAAGUAUAGUAAAACACAAUAAUUCCAUGUAGGCAGACAAUAUCAAACCCACAUAUUUCAAAGCUAUUAAUAUCAGUAAAAAAUGUCGUGUCUUUUUUUCGUAAAAUUUUCUUUUCUAAAUAUGCCAUAUUCAAUGAGCAAAUAGAGCAUAUACCAUUGACAUUCUUGUUACAAGCAAAUAUAUAUAUAUAUAUACAUUUAUGACAAAAUUAUCUAGUCUGAUAUUGAUAACAAUCGUCUGAAACCGGUAUGUUGAUAGGCGUGGGUUUGACUUCCGGUGAUUGCGACAUUUUUUGUUGGAUUUUUUCUAACUUUGUACAUACAAACGUGAUCAUACUUACACAAAGAACUUCUAGAGUUAAAUAUAAUCGCAAUAGUCUUAGAGGUUAUAAGUUUUUAAGUUGCCUUGGAAAAAUGUGUAUGCAUUUUUGAAUAUUAGGUUAGCCAGAAUCUUGCUCAGCCUGGUUUUCAUCCAGGACUACGAACAUUUGGUGAUAUUUUCAUUCUACAUGAUACAGUAUGUAAGUGAAAUAAACAGUUGUACGCUGCUUUGUAGACAUAAGGCAGGCGUUUAACAAUGAAGGAUGCACUCGUUUAUGUCAUAAAGGGUUGAAAUUGGGAGGUAGGUUUAAGCGUCAAUACGGUAUAACAUUUAUCUAUAAUCAUGUAAUGUCACUUGUGAAAAUUGAAGGUGGCUUAUCAGAUUGUUGUUAAUGAUUUCGGAUUGAUGCAGUGUGAAAUGCUUUCUUUGAUGCUUCUUUCCAUCUAUGUAAAAAUACUUCAAAUCUGUUGUAACUACAAUGACCAAAUAACCAAAUAUAAUUUUGAUAUUUUUUUUUGAUGACGUCAACUUUUCUAUGUUGAUCAACUGACAAAUAUCUAAGUAUGCACUUUAAGUGUAAUAAUCAUUUUAAUAUAAUUCAGGAGCCAUCAUCUUAUAAGGAUCGUAAUACCGUAUUAUUAAGGUGUUCAAAAUGAAGUCUAAAAGUUAAGACCAUGUUGCAUUUGUUUGAUACAUAUCUUUAUACAUGUAGUAUAUUUGGUAACGCUUGUGAAGUGUGGACUCGACAUUGUUCAUCUUUGUUUAUGUAAGAGGUUGCUGAAAGUUAAACUUCCACACGUAAUGCUGUGGCUUACUGGAAAUGUAGAAAUAUCUAUAACAAUUAAAUAAAGAAAAUACAAAAUUAUUUAGUAUUCAAGAUUGGGCGUGUGCUUUGUUCUACUGGGUCCAUCAUCUAACAUAUUAUUUUGCUUUGGGUUUUUGUAAUGAAUGGAUGAGCCAAUUAUUGUCAAAUGUAAAAUCAGGUUUACCAUGUAUGCAUCUGUAGGUCAAACAAUUUUUUUUAUACGAUCAAUAUUAGUUUAGAGGCAUUAUAGAAAAUUCUCCUUUUUUAUUUGUCAUUCGUGCAACUGCAUACGAUUAUCUUACGUGAAUAAGACGUCACUUAUUUUUGAAGCAUAUAAGAAACAAAUGUAACUCAUUCUCCACUUUGUAAUGUUUACUGUUUGUAUAUUGUAUAAGUCCAGUAUUGCCUUUAAUGAUGAUUAUAUCGCUCAUCGUGCAUUUUAUCAAAGCGAUCAUCUUUCUCAUUAUUUCCUGCCGUAGUAACACACAUAUGGUUAUAGGUUACUUUAAUGCCAUGAACAUAUGUAUGUUUAUUGUGUAAUUUUAGCGCUGAAACGUCUUUAAACGCGUUUUGAUUAACCCAUGUUCAGAUUCCAGCUUUAUCUUGGUUCCUGUAUACAUUUACUCCAGUAUUCUGCCACAAUGUAGUAAUACUGAUAUAUGAUAACCAUACAUCAUUAUGCUUCAUUAUCAUUAUCACCACAUAUCUGCACUUCAUAAUGUCUCACCAUUGCAGUAUUACUAUUAAAGUUUGCCUAUGAAUAAACAAAAUAAUAU